AGCAGGGACAGAAUGAGGCUCCAGUCGAAGAGGGCGGCAACAACAGAGCGGCUCUUCAACCGAAACUUAACUUAAGUCUUUCCAAACUGUGGAUUUCUUUUCCUUUCUGUUUUUUGUAAGAACGCCAAAUUAACCAGCUCGGAUUAACACACUUUUUUUUAAAGGAAUAACUUGUUUUCUCAUUAAAAAGUGGCUGACUGCAGCUCGGGUCCCCAUGCUCUGCCCCGUGAGUUCUGCUUGGCCUGCUGAGCCCAUAGGUGCUGCUGGUGUGUCUUUACUGGGCUGCAGCUGAAGCAGGGAUACAGUGACUGGUGGUGUCGGUGCCUGCGGUGGUGGAGGCGGGUCGUCAGCGGGCCUAGAGCCCCGGUAGCAGGCGGAGGUGCCUGUCCUGUCCGGGCCACACGAAGAUGAACAAACUGCACUUCCACAACAACAAAGCCAUGCAGGACCGCCGCUGUGUCUGUGUCUUUUUGCCCAAUGAUGACACGCUCAAUGUCAUAGUCAAUGUGAAGACCUUGUGCCAGGAACUGUUGGUCCAGGUGUGUGACCUCCUGAGGCUGAAGGACUGUCACCUGUUUGGACUCAGCGUUAUUCAGAAUAAUGAACACAUCUAUAUGGAACUGGAUCAGAAGUUAUCCAAAUACUGUCCCAAAGAAUGGAAGAGAGAAGCCAGCAAGGGCAUCGACCAGUUUGGGCCUCCGAUGAUCAUUCACUUCAGAGCUCAGUAUUACGUUGAGAACGGGAGAUUGAUCAGUGACCGAGCAGCCAGGUACUACUACUACUGGCACUUGAGGAAACAGGUGCUGCUCUCACAGUGUAUCCAACGGGAGGAGGCCUACUUCCUCCUGGCAGCCUUCGCCCUGCAGGCUGACCUUGGCAACUUCAAACGUAACAAGCACUUUGGGAAGUACUUUGAACCUGAAGCCUACUUCCCCCCAUGGGUGAUAGCCAAGCGCGGCCGCGAGUACAUCCUGAGGCAUAUCCCCAACAUGCACAAAGACCAGUUUGCUCUCACAGCUUCGGAGGCGCACCUCAAGUACAUUAAGGAGUGCGCCCAGCUUGAUGACGUCACUGUCCACUACUACAGACUCUACAAGGACAAGAAGGAAGUAGAGGCUUCUCUUACUUUGGGACUGACUUUACGUGGCAUCCAAAUAUUUCAGAAUGUCGGCUCUGUGAGGCAGCUGUUGUACGACUUCCCCUGGACCAACGUGGGAAAACUGGUGUUUGUGGGGAAGAAGUUUGAAAUCCUUCCUGACGGUCUGCCGUCGGCCCGUAAACUCAUGUACUACACAGGUUGUCCGUUACGCUCUCGUCACCUCCUGCAGCUGCUCAGCAACAGCCACCGGCUCUACAUGAACCUGCAGCCUGUUCUCAAACAAGUCCGCCGGCUGGAGGAAAACGAAGAGAAGAAGCAGUACAGGGAGUCGUACAUCAGCGACGCUCUCGAACUGGACAUGGACCACCUGGACAAACGUUCCCGGGCCAGCGGCAGCAGCGCAGGGAGCAUGUCUCAUCACAAACGCCUGUCCCGCCACUCCACGACCAGCCACGGCAGCUCACACACCUCCGGCAUCGAGACGGACAGCUUCAGGGCCCCGGGUCAGGCCCCGCACAGGCCCCUACGGACCUGCAGCUCGUCCACAACCAGCCACGGGAGCUCGCACACCUCCGGCAUCGAGAGCAGCGGCAAGGAGCGCAUACUAGAUGAUGACGAGAUCGAGAUGCUCGUGGACGACCCCAAAGACUACGAGGAGCUUCAUGAGAUGGCUCUGGACCAGGAGCUGUGUAUCCACAUCACUGAGGACAUGUUGACCAUGUCGCCCGAUCAGACAAACGGAUACUCAGGUACAGGACUGAUAGUCAAAGACGUCAGCUCCUCCACUUCCAGCUCCUCUGAGACCGUCGUCAAGAUGAGAGGACAGAGCAUCGAGUCUCUACCACAGACGUCAGCGUGCAGGAAGCCUCAGUCCUCCACCGACCGACACAGCCAGUCUCUGGACGACGUCCGGCUCUACCAGAAGGACUGCCUGCAGUGGGCGGAGCUCUGCCAGGACACCGCUCACAGCUACACGUUCGGCUGCGCCCAGGAGCUGAGCGACGGCGACGGCGGCAGCGGCGGCUAUCAAGGCCUCGCCGAUCAGCGCGCCGGCAUGCUCGGCGAGCAGCACCCGUUUCCCAUCAAGAGAACCAACAAGUACUUCUCCCUGGAUCUGACCAGCGACGAGGUCCCCGAGUUCGUGGUGUGACAGAGGCGGAAACGAGUUGACCUUUUUGCUCCAACGUGGAGAUGUUUCAGCCCUCAGGGAACGAGACGAGAGAGGCGGUUUCUAGGAUGAGUACAACGAGUCGGCUGUCCCUUCACUUAUCAGACGAUUAACACAAAAUAAACACGGAGGCUAAAAAGGGAACUUAAAGAACGGACACCGGGUUCAAGAGAAACCUGCAUCUUUAAAACGUAACCUGAGCUGCUCCCCUGUGUGAAAGGAAACAAAAGGGAUCGUGUCAUCUUCUUUUAAAUAACAUUUUUAUUCAAAUGUGUCUCCUCCAAACUGGUUUCAAGAACCACACGUUGUGUUUGCCUGCUUCCUAAACUCAUAAACAGUGUGUGUGUGUGUAUGUGUGUGUGUGUGUGUGUGUGUGUGCGUGUCGGCUUACAGCAGACAGACUCAUGCACAGACAUGAACAGCAUAUCAAAGAUUUUUCUCUGGAGGAAACAAAGGACAAAAUCACUCUGAGCUACGAACCAAAGACAAGAAAUGGAAAUAAAGUUUUUCUCAGUGUGCAGCCAUGAUAAAAACACGGUGGGAGGGAUGAUGAACCCAUAAUCCUUUGAGAGGACGCUUGGUUUCUUCUUCUACGCCACUUCAUUUGACCUCAACAGGAAGUGCAGUGUGCCAACUCCCCCCCCCCUCUCAGACUGGACUCGUGUGAACACACACCCGAUGUGCCUUCAUCACACUAUGCAGGUGUCAAACCAUCGCCUUGACAAUCACACGCCCUCACCUUACUCAUUUUUAAAGACCCAAGCCAUCAGAAUUCAAAGCUCAAGCUUCAGCAUCUUAAAUGUUAAAAAAAAGACACAAACUGUUUCAUGUCCUGUGAACUCUGACUGAGUUUCCCGGGAGGAAUGAGGUCGAGUAAGUUCCUACAAGUCCUGACUUGCGUCGAGUUUGCCGCCACAAAAGCUUCCCUGUAAUCUAGACUCAAAAUGGAGCCGGGUUGGCCUUCGGCCAAAACAAACCGUACAUUUUGAUGCAAACAUGUACGUCUUCCUUUCUGCUUAGUUGUCUCCUUUUUCAUUUCAUCAUUUUUAAACUGGAAUUUGUUACAUUUUUUUUAUUUUUCAUCCUCUCGUUUUGCCUGAAAUCUCUUUACAUGUUGUAUUUUUGUAUGAAUUGUCCAGACUUGUGUAUGUUGAACAGUUAAUCUGCGUGCGGUUUAUAAUGUCAGUCAGUAUUACAAGCAAAUGUAUGUGACAGUAUUAAGAGCAGGUGAUGUUCGUGGAGCUGAACAAGAAAGACUGGUUCAAUCCGUUUUAAUCUCACAGUAAGAUUCAAGAGAACUGAAGCCGGUUGUAGCUGACGGGAUCUGUUAUUUCAGGACAGGAAGUUGUUGCAGGUUAAAACCAACAACAAGGUGUUUCUACUCAUAAAUCAUGCAGCUCAAAUCAAAGUGUCACAGUUACAGCUUUGGCGGAUUUAAAUCAAUAAUAUCAUGUUUGUUUUUUAAAGAUACAACCAUAACAUUUUUAGCUUCUCUGUGGUGAAAACACUACUCUUCUACUCUUGUUUGAAUUAGGAGCACCAUAAAGCUGCCUUCACAUGAUAAGAAAUUGGCUGUUCACUCACCACGAGAUCGGGCGCAGAGCCUUGCAGAGGCUAUAUGUCACCAAAAAGAGCGCAAGGAACGCCAUUCACUGUUUCUAGGCAACAACAACAGUUGCAGCUGUUCUCAUUGGUUGCGGUUUUUAAAGGUCAGCAUCAACCAUGUUCAAAGUUGAAAUAAUUUAAACAUUGAGCGCAGCAAAUUCUAGCGGUGCGCCGCGCCAAGGGUCUCCCCAUAGGAAAACAAUGGCACAGCCAGCACAGAGCGAUUUUACUGCUGAUCAUGUGAAAGCAGCUUAAACUUUAUCAUGACCACAAAAAAUGAACUAGUUUUACAACUUUCCAAGAGGUUAAAAUGAUUUUUUAAGUCACUGGUUCCCAACCUGGGGUUCCGACCCCCAUAAGUGGUUGCCAAAACUUUCCGGGGGGUGGUGGGCCUUCGUGAUUUUAAGGGGUGUAAGACAACUUUUAUAUAUUCCAUUCAUUUCUGUGAAGAAAACUAAAUGAAAUUGUUAUUUUAAAAGUUUGGAUUAUUAUUUAAGAUGUAAACAGGUGAAGAACUGAACACAAGUUAUAUCCACAGAGCCUUCCCUCUCUGCUUAACAGCCUCGUCCUGAAUUAGAAAUGUACGCAGUUAAAACAACCAAAGACCUAAUAGAGGAGAAAAACACUGAAUUUGUCAAAAAAUAAGCCUAUUAAGUGUGUAUGAUUAUUAAAAA